AUACAUAAGAUUUUACCACAGAAGCCAAAGCGAGCCGCGUCCCGACUGCCUCCGCAAAAAAAGACAGGCGCAAAUACGUUCCUGUUGUUUGCUGCGCCCGCCCGCCCCUCUCACCGGAUGAUAUUGUCCGCAUAGGAUUACUGCAGUCAUGCUUCUCCAAUGUGCAAGAGACUUAUUAAAAACUGCAUGCCUCAAUCUCCAUUGUUCCCAAGUACACCAGAGUUUAAGAGUCAUUAAAAGAUGUCUGAGCACCGGGACAGCUCUUCACGACCGAAGGAGAGUGGUUGUCACAGGUGUAGGAUUAGUGUCUCCUCUUGGGGUGGGAGGCCAGUUGGUAUGGAACAAUCUGCUCCAGGGAAACUGUGGGAUUGUUGCUCUUGAAGAGGAGGAAUAUUCUGCUGUUCCAUGUAAAGUGGCUGGCCGUGUCCCAAAGGGAAUGGAUGAAGGUCAAUUCCAUGGAGAAAACUAUGUGUCAAAGUCAGAAAGCAAAGCCAUGUCUUCUGCCACUCUCAUGGCCAUAGCUGCUGCUGAUCUGGCACUGAAAGACUCUGGCUGGUAUCCACAAUCUGACCUGGAUUGUUUAAAUGCUGGUGUGGCAAUAGGAAUGGGAAUGGUUCCACUGGAGGAGAUUUCUGAUACGGCCUCGAUGUUCAAAACAAAGGGUUACAACAAAGUCAGCCCGUUCUUUGUACCAAAGAUCUUGAUCAACAUGGCAGCGGGUCAUAUUAGUAUCAAGUAUCAACUGAAAGGACCCAACCAUGCUGUAUCAACUGCUUGUACUACAGGAGCACACGCUGUGGGAGAUGCCUUUCGGUUUGUAGCCUACAGUGAUGCUGAUGUCAUGUUGGCUGGAGGAACAGAGGCUUGCAUUAGCCCCUUGUCUCUAGCCGGAUUUGCUAGAGCUAGAGCACUGAGUACUAGUUUCAACUCAAGCCCCAAACUGGCUUGCCGGCCAUUCCAUUCCCUGAGAGAAGGCUUCGUCAUGGGAGAAGGUGCUGCAGUUUUGGUUUUAGAAGAAUAUCAGCAUGCCGUACAGAGGGGAGCUAAAUUGUAUGCGGAGGUUUUAGGCUAUGGACUCUCCGGGGAUGCUUGCCACAUAACAGCUCCUAAUGCAGAUGGAGAUGGUGCCUUCAGAUGUAUGUCUGCAGCAAUAAAAAAUGCUGGAAUUUGCCCUGAAGAUGUAACAUACAUCAAUGCUCAUGCCACCUCCACUCCACUAGGAGAUGCUGCAGAGAAUCAAGCUAUUAAAAGACUCUUUAAAGAACAUGCCUAUUCCCUUGCAGUUUCCUCAACAAAAGGAGCAACAGGUCAUCUGUUGGGUGCUGCGGGAGCUAUUGAGGCAGCCUUUACUGUUUUUGCUUGUUACUAUGGAAUUUUGCCACCUACUCUAAAUCUGGAUCAGACCAAGCCACCAUUUGACCUCAACUACGUUCCACUAGUACCCCAAGAAUGGAGAAGUGAAAAACGCCGUAUUGGUCUCAGUAAUUCUUUUGGCUUUGGGGGAACUAAUGCAACACUGUGUUUCGCUAAUAUUUAGCUUCAUGCAUCUGUAUAUGCUGUUAUUCCCUUCUAAUGGUCAACAAAUACACAAACACACACACACACAAAAUUGUAAACUUCCAUGUUGCUGUUCCCUCAUUCAUUGAGGGUCUUGGUCCUGAAUCUGAUUCAUGUAAUAAGUUGUUCUUGAUGUUGUUUGCUUUCAGAUAUUGAAUGAUGAGAUGUUUGAUCUUUUCUAUUCCAUUGGAUCAAUAUUUUAGUCUAUAGACCCUUCUGCCAAAUGAAAUUAUGGAGCCAGAUCUAUGAAAAAAGUCUGUAACAGCAUGACAUAAUUUUUUGGUACAUUGGCCAAAUGUCCAGUUAGCAAAUAUACUCUUUCACUAAUCUGAA